GGGUUAGAGAGAAUUGGACCAUUCCUUAAUGAGCAGUAACUGCUGGAGCCAUGAUUUAAAGUGUUGAGUGAGGGCUCAGUUCUCUCAGUCUGAUUGGAGAGAGUUGCUGAGGAAGGGUAGUGGGGAGGGUUGGCUGUUUGAACACGAUGAAUGAAUCUGUGAAGAAGCAAGCUCCCAAAGCACUGGCAGCAGCUGAGAAAAAACACAGCAAGCGUAAACUGAAGCGGAAGGAGAGUUACUCUGUUUAUAUCUACAAGGUCCUCAAACAGGUUCACCCGGACACUGGGAUCUCCAGUAAAGCCAUGAGCAUUAUGAACUCCUUUGUGAACGAUGUGUUCGAGCGCAUCGCAACCGAAGCUUCGAGACUGACCCAGUACAACAAGAGAAGUACCAUCACCAGCCGUGAGGUUCAGACUGCAGUCCGCCUGCUCCUCCCGGGGGAACUGGCCAAACACGCGGUGUCGGAGGGUACGAAGGCUGUCACCAAAUACACCAGCACUAAAUAGAACCAGAGCAAAGGGGGGCUUGGCCCCAUCAAACACUGGAUUGU